UAAUGUGUACCGACCACGGUCAAUAUGUCCUUACCACCCGCCGCCUCCACCUUUAAGAGAGAGAGAGAGAGAGAGAGAGAAUCAUUAUCAACAUCAUAUAAUAACACCGGAAAAGCAAAGCAACAAAAAUGAGUGUCACAGCCACAUUGCAGUCUGUCUCUACUCCGGCGUCACCACUAAGCCAGGGCUGCAGAUUGGAACUACCACCUAAACUGCUUUCUUUCACUAAAUCAAGUGUUGGUCGAAGGCUUGCUUUUAAGCUGGUUAAUGCUAUCUCCGACUCCGGUAAUGGAGCUCCGGCUUCACUUCUUUCUACUUCUUCCCUUAAUGGAGUUACUGCCCCGCCACUUUCUUCCAAGGUGAAGCGCCACACUAUCUCGGUGUUCGUAGGAGAUGAAAGUGGUAUUAUAAACCGAAUCGCAGGAGUUUUCGCUAGAAGAGGUUAUAAUAUCGAGUCACUUGCUGUUGGUUUAAACAAGGACAAGGCUUUGUUUACUAUAGUUGUUUCUGGAACUGAAAAGGUCUUGCAACAAGUGGUGGAGCAGCUCAACAAGCUUGUGAACGUCAUAAAGGUGGAAGACCUUUCCAAGGAACCACAGGUAGAACGGGAAUUGAUGCUUGUGAAGCUUAAUGUAGAUCCAACCACACGAGCUGAGAUUAUGUGGCUAGUAGACGUCUUUAGAGCCAACGUUGUGGAUGCAUCAGAAAGCUCGUUGACUAUAGAGGUUACCGGGGAUCCUGGGAAGAUUGUUGCUGUUCAGAGAAAUUUAGCCAAGUUCGGAAUCCAAGAGCUCACUAGAACAGGAAAGAUCGCUCUAAGACGGGAAAAACUGGGUGAAACUGCUCCAUUUUGGAACUUCUCUGCAGCAUCUUACCCAGAUCUAGAAUCCGCAACUCCAAUUGCUACUUCUUCAAGUGUUACUUGCACUGUUGAUGAGGAUUCGACUGCAAUGUCAGGGGGUGAUGUGUAUCCUGUGGAGUACAACAAUAGCUGCAUAAUGGAUCAAGUUCUUGACGCCAAUUGGGGGGUAGUCUAUGAUGAAGAUUCAACUGGUCGGCAGUCUCAUACUUUAAACAUUCUGGUCAAUGAUACUCCUGGAGUUCUCAACGUGGUCAGUGGAGUUAUAUCCAGAAGGGGUUACAACAUUCAGAGUCUGGCCGUAGGUCCAGCAGAAAUGGAGGGUUUAUCUCGCAUUACGACUGUGAUUGCUGGUACAGAUGAAUCUAUUUACAAGUUGGUUCAGCAGUUCCGCAAAUUGGUGGAUGUUCAUGAGGUCAAAGAUAUCACCCAUCUACCAUUUGCAGAACGUGAGCUAAUGUUAAUUAAAGUUGCUGCUAGCUCUGCUGUUCGAAGGGAUGUCCUAGACAUCGCCACCAUCUUUCGAGCCAAGCCUGUUGAUGUUUCUGAUCACACUCUCACACUAGAACUCACAGGAGACUUCAACAAGUUGUUUGCAUUGCAAAGAUUGUUAGAGUCCUAUGGAAUUUGUGAGGUCGCAAGGACUGGUCGAGUGGCAUUGGUGCGAGAGUCAGGGGUCGAUUCUACAUAUCUACGUGGGUACUCCCUUCCGUUAUAAUAACACCGGAAGUUAUCCCUCAAUUGUAUGUUGCAUUAUUGUAGCUGCAAGUGAACACAACUGUUCAGUGUCUUUUGCACUGAUGGCUGCGGAUGUGAGAGUAUGACUUCUUGCUAGAAAAAGAAAAAAGGAAUGUUUAGUAGAUCAAUUUAUGUUGUAUUAUGGUAUGCCGUGUGAUGUCAAAACUGUAACAGCUUUCAUUCAUAGAAGUUUCAUACUUAAAAUGUGAUGUUAAGCAAAUUUAUAAGUAAUAAUGUUUGUACUUC